GAGAAAUAAAUUCCAAUCAGUGUGAAAGUGUGCUAAGAGAAGAGACGGUGUCAGGGGAAUUAGAAAUCAGCACUGAGAAUUCUCUGACAGACAUGCCAUUUGCUACUGUAGAUAUUCAAGAUGACUGUGGAAUCACUGAUGUACCUCAAAUGAAUUCAAAGAGGAGCAAAGAAAAAGAAGGCAUCAAGAAUGAUCACAUAAAGAAGAGGAAAAAAGCCACGAAAAAUUAUCAGCCCAACUAUUUCUUGUCUGUUCCGAUUACCAACAAAAAGAUUACAGCUGGAAUUAAGGUCUUGCAAAACACAAUACUGCAACAGGAUAAGCGACUGGCCAAAGCCAUGGUGGGUGAUGGUUCCCUUCAUAUCACCUUGCUAGUGAUGCAGUUGUUAAAUGAAGAUGAAGUAAACAUUGGUACUGAUGCGCUUUUGGAACUGAAGCCAUUCAUUGAGGAAAUCCUUCAAGGGAAGCACCUGACUUUGCCCUUCCAAGGGAUUGACACUUUCCAAAGUCAGGUUGGCUUUGUGAAGCUAGCAGAUGGAGAUCACAUCAACACACUUACAGAGAUAGCAGAGACUGCAAAAAGAACAUUUCAAGAAAAAGGCAUCCUGGCGGGAGAAAGCAGAAGCUUUAAGCCUCACUUGACCUUUAUGAAACUGUCAAAAGCACCAAUGCUCAGGAAGAAGUGGUGUGCUAGGCAAAGAAGAGCUGUAGAUCAGCAGAGGCAAACUUCUAAGACGGCAGGAGAGAUAUACAGUCACCUACUGCUAACUAGAGGAGAUGCAGUCAUAGAGGGAGUGAAGAAAAUAGAGCCCGAGUUAUAUGAACAAUUUAUCAACCACAGAUUUGGAGAAGAAAUACUGUACCAGAUAGAUCUCUGCUCCAUGCUGAAGAAAAAACAAAGUAAUGGUUAUUACCACUGUGAGGCUUCGAUUGUGAUUGGCAAGAAACCAGUUGGGAUCCAAGACUUAAUUAAUGAAGCUUUGCACCGAGAAAGGAUGGAGCUGAAGUCCAAAGUGAAACAGAUAAAGGAACUUUUGCUAAAGCCUGAGACUCAGGCCAUGAUUAGGAAGGAGCUUUUCGAAGGAAGAGUUCUUAAUGAUGGUAAUCACACGAUGAUGCUGACUUCAGUGUGACUUUGCUGUAGCUCUUCACUGCUUAUGAUGGUAAAAACCUUAUGAACUCUCAGUCCAGCACAUAGCCCUUUGGUAAAUAACCAAAGUGUUCUUACAGUUUCUACAAAGCCCACAAACCAACAUUUGGUAAGGAAUCAACAACUUCUUGCCAAAGAAAACAUAUUUUUGCCUUAUCAUCAUCAUCAGCUAAAGUUGAGUUUUAGAAUGUUUGUUUGGGUGUUGACUCAUUUUAUAGAUAUAACUUCUUAGUUAGCUGUUGUGAGAUGUUCCAUGGGUCCUUGCAGAUAAAAAACAAAAAGCAAAGAACGUUGAUUAUGAAAAAUCCUUUGUAGACAAAAAUACAACAAGACAAAACCAACAACAGUAUUCUAAGGGCCGCCUGCCUCCUGUUGAUAUGACCCUUUCUUACUAGCAUUGGCCAGGCUCGUCCAGUCUCACGUUAUGUUACAUUUGAUGAGAAUUUGAAUGCUUAUUGAGUAUCCGUACUUGAAUGAACACUUAUAAAUGUAAUCAUUGCAGUCACUGGUUAAGAAUGUUUAUGAUAUCCACAUGUAUUAUUUUUCACUGAUGAAAAUGUAGUUUGCUUUUUCAUUUUUUAGGGAACAAAUGUUCAGUGUUUUUAUUUUCUGCUUUUCUGAAGAUGAGCCCCAAGCUGCACUGUGUUCUUCCCCAUUUGUAUAGUUUGCACUGGUUCACUUUUGUAUUUUUUGGUUGUGAGCCUAACCUUUAACGGCUGAGCCAUCUCUCCAGCCCCUGGUUCAUUUUUAAAAGAGCAUACUUAAAAUGUUUCUCCCCAUGUGAUGUUUAUUUGUAACAGCUUUUUCAAUAGUCAUUUAAAAGUUGCUGCUACUAAUAGAUGUUGGGGGAAGGAAAUGAUUAGAGAUCAAAUGUGUAGUCGUCUCACUUAUACAAUCCAGUUUGCUCGUGGAUUUUGGCUGUUUUUCACUGGGUAAAUGAUACUACAUUAAUUCAUAUUGUAAUACUUUUAUGAGUUCCUACAUUUCCAUGCCUCUUAAUAAAUGUACUGUUUCCCCUGC